GCUAACCGCCACUGCAAUUUUGCUUUUGAUUUUGGCUCUCCAGUUUCAGGUCCAGCAAACUCUUCAUCAGAUCCGCAAUAAUGAAGUGUUGGUCAUCGCUUAUACUUUUGGUUACUCUCUUGGCUACAGCUGUGCUGGCUCAACGAAGGCACCCCCAGAGCCCUCCCGAUGUUCUCCGUAUUGGUGUCCUGAGAAAACCAGAAACCUGUAAGGGUAAGGUCGCCAAGGGAACAGAAGUUACAGUGCACUACAAAGCAUAUCGAUGGGAUGAUGAGCAUCCUUUCGAUAGCACUUAUGAUGAAGGUCGCACGGCCAUUAAGUUCAAGCAAGGUGACAAGUCUGUGAUCCCAGGUCUUGAUUUGGGAAUCGAAGGCAUGUGUAUUGGAGAAGCCCGCCGUCUUUUGAUCCCUGCCAAUCUCGCCUAUGGAGAAAUGGGCCUUCCCGGAACCAUUGAAGCUGGCACUCAUCUUAUGUACGAAGUCGAACUCAUUCACAGCACAACCACCUUCACCAACCCAUGGUUUUGGGCAGGUCUCGCUGUCUUGGUUUCGAUGUACUUGAUAUUUGACCGCAUGGCAAAGAAUGUAGAAGCAUCCAAGGCAGCCAACUUUAUCGAAAAGAAGCAGGAGUCCAAGCAAACGACUACUUCUAGCGAAGGCAUUGUCGAGCCUAGCGAUAAAAAGAACGAUUGAUGGCUCAAAUGAGUAAUAAAAUUUUUGUGCCUUGAAUUCUUAUAAGA